CCCGUCCCGUCGUGUGUACAAUUUGUACAGUGUAGUCCGUAGUGUAGUGUAAUGAUCUACACUGCGCGCGGUUUGUACGUACGUAUGUACACUGUAUACACUCACUUGCGCUUGCUUGCGCCUUGCGCCCACCCUCCGCUCGCACUUUCCAACUUGUCACUCCUCACCGCGCUCGCUAGCACUCACCAGAUCCUCGACGCACCGCAAAACUCGUGUCAUGCUGCUACGUACGAUUGCAGUAUUAUGUUCUCACAUCCAAGAAACAUUGAAAAAAAUGAUAAUUGUGAAGCAUCUACUGUUAACGAACAAGUUCACAAUUUAGUCAGCAUGGAUACUGUUCAAGAACAAUUCUGCAGCAACAGUAAAGAGAGUUAUAAUUACAAAAACAUAUGUAAUAUUGAUGGAGAAAUAAAUGGAAUCAGCAAAAGUUGCAGUCCAGUCUCAGUUCAAAUGGAAGAUAUUCUUGCUGAAGUGGAAAGAAGAUAGAACGUGUAAGAUAAUGUGAGAUAGAAUUGUAGGAUAAAAUGAAAUAGAAGUAUGUCACUAGUAUUAUAAAUGGCUGCCAAGCCACGUGACUGUAACAGCGAAUCAGAAUGCGGAACACCGGUUGCGCUUCUCU